GAACGACCUGUCCUGACAUAGUGAGACCUCUUUUGGGAGGAAGUAUAGAUUUACACUGCGUUUACUCAUCAUCUCUGGGUUCCCACUCAUUUCACAACUUUACUACCAACAACACAAGAUACACAGAUGUGUCCAAUUUCAGUACAGCUCUGCGCGCCUACAAGUGUGCGUGGAGCGCUGGCUUUCGAAACGCGCUUCUGAUUGGAUGAGCCAAUGCCAGUGACAUCAACCAACUUACUUUUGAUUGGAAGGCUGGUUGCUGGGACUGUAGCGUUUGCAGGAAGUCACUUAACCGUUUGCAGACUGGAAAACCCAAGCUGAAGUUGUCUUUUGUCAUAGGAACCAGCGCAACUGACUAGGGGAGAUGGGUCCUGAAGCUCUGCAAGCAGGAACUACAGCCAGGAGCCAGGAGCCCCGGACUGGCAAUCGGACAGAGCGGCGCCCCUAGAGGAUGAGCAGCGGCCCCUUUCCGGCCUCCCGGCUGUUACCCUUUUAAAAGUCUGCGUUCGAGGCUGGAGAGGUAGCACGAGGCAGCGGAAUGGAACAGUCGGAUUGGCCGCAAGCCUCUAGUUCUAGACGCUCCUCUCCACCGAAAGGCCGUUCUGACUGGCAGGGGGAGAAAGUAAACAGAGUUGAAUCACCCUCCCCACUGGCCAAUUGGAGGGGGUUUGGAUUGUGACGUGAUGGGAUUCUGCGAAAUUGUUACUGAGCAAGAGAAUGCCGGAACGGUGCGGACCGGCCGGACCCGGCGCUCAGAAGCCGUCCGCGGACGGGGGGAAAAGUGUCUCCUAGACCUGGCGCGCGGCGCGGCCCUCGCCAUCCGCGUGGAGGUGGUCGAGUGAAUGUGCUGGGCUUUCCCUUGACGGAGAGGCGGUCGAGGGCGUUCCUCUCUUGCAGUUUCCUCUCGCCGCGCCUCGGGGGCGUUUUCAGUCGAAUAAACUUGCGAUCGCCACGUGUGGCAUCUUUCCAAGGGAGCCGGCUCCGAAGGGCAGGCGCGCCCGUCCGCCCGUCCAUCCGGGGGGAUCGCGCCAGGCGCCGGGCAGGGGCGGCGGCGAGAGGCGGCGGUGCGGCUGAGCCCCGGGCUGUGGAUGCUGCGUGCGGAGGCGCUGCCAGUUACGUAAAGAUGAGGGGCUGAGGUCGCCUCGGCGCUCCUGCGAGUCGGAAGCGCCCGCGCCCCCGCCCCCUUGGCCGCCGCGCCGCGCCGCGCUCUUCGUCCGAAGCCAGGGCAGGGCGAGCCCAACCUCCGCAGCCACCGCCAAGUUUGGCCGCGCCGCCGGGGCCGCUGUCGCCGCACCAUGUCCGCGGCCGCCUACAUGGACUUCGUGGCUGCCCAGUGUCUGGUUUCCAUUUCGAACCGCGCUGCGGUGCCGGAGCAUGGGGGCGCUCCGGACGCCGAGCGACUGCGACUACCUGAACGCGAGGUGACCAAGGAGCACGGUGACCCGGGGGACACCUGGAAGGAUUACUGCACGCUGGUCACCAUCGCCAAGAGCUUGCUGGACCUGAACAAGUACCGACCCAUCCAGACCCCCUCGGUGUGCAGCGACAGUCUGGAGAGUCCUGAUGAGGAUAUGGGAUCCGACAGCGACGUGACCACCGAAUCUGGGUCGAGUCCUUCCCACAGCCCGGAGGAGAGACAGGAUCCUGGCAGCGCGCCCAGCCCGCUCUCCCUCCUCCACCCUGGAGUGGCUGCGAAGGGGAAACACGCCUCCGAAAAGAGGCACAAGUGCCCCUACAGUGGCUGUGGGAAAGUCUAUGGAAAAUCCUCCCAUCUCAAAGCCCAUUACAGAGUGCAUACAGGUGAACGGCCCUUUCCCUGCACGUGGCCAGACUGCCUUAAAAAGUUCUCCCGCUCGGACGAGCUGACCCGCCACUACCGGACCCACACUGGGGAAAAGCAGUUCCGCUGUCCACUCUGUGAGAAGCGCUUCAUGAGGAGCGACCACCUCACAAAGCACGCCCGGCGUCACACCGAGUUCCACCCCAGCAUGAUCAAGCGGUCGAAAAAGGCACUGGCCAACCCAUUGUGAGGUGCUACCCACGGCAGCCAGGGAGGGAUGGACCCCGAAGGACAAAAUUACUCCCAGGAGACAGGUGGACACAUGGAAACCACGCCCCAGAAGAGGCAUGCGGACUGCAGGAGGUCACUGCUCUAGUCAAUGUUGUGAUUUCUCCUCUCCCUGCGUUGUUUUUUAAAAAGCACACAGUAGCCUAAGAUCAAAGCCAACACUUGGUCCCCUUGCAGAGGCAACUCGCAGAACCGUCUCUGACUGCCGGAGGGAAGGCGAAUGCUUUUGGUUGUUUUCUCCUUUAUUUUCCCGGGGGGUGGGGGAAGGCCAAGGCCAAGACUGGGGUAGGAUUUCCGAUCCACACUGGUGUACAUACGUCCGACCGGGUGAGCCGACUUGUGGCCUCACACGGUGAUCCUGGGCCUUUAUGCUUGCUGUCUCAGAAUUGUUUUCUUACUUUUUAAUGUAAUGACGAGUGUGCUUCGGUUUGUUCAUUAGCAAAACCACUCUCUUGAAUCACGUUAACUUUUGAGAUUAAAAAGAAAAACUCCAUAGCACAGCUGUCUUUAUGCAAGCAAGAGCACAUCUACUGCAGCAUGAUCUGUCACCUAAAGACUUGAACACACAACGUUACUUAUAGUCAGUGGGGAAGCAGAGUCCGAAUUUAUACUAAUCAAGACGAACUGGGAAAGGUUACACAGAGCGUGGAACUUGUCAACCUUGCGUUGUAUGGAUUGUACUUUUUGAACACAAGCUGCACUUUUAUUUUCUAAUGCAGAGGAUGAAUAAGUUAAAUACAUGCUUUGAAGAUAGAAGCAGACAUUCUGUUUGCACCACGUUAUAAUCUAUUUUACAGUAUAUAGCUUUCCCUAGAAAAUCACGGUGGGAUGGGAGGGGAAAAGAGGCACAGCGCAUGCUGAAGGAGGAGGAGGGUAGUGCUUUAAAAAUCACAAAACAAGAACAAACAGAAUUUUAACUCUAUUAACUUGUCCAAAUUUUCCUGUCCUUUCAGGUAGCGUUGUCUUAUACCAUAAUGCCACGAAGAGAGGGGACUUUUGACUCAGUCCAGUGUUAUUGGAAUGGGUGCGUAAGAGUCACUAGGUCUUGAAAUGCCUCUUGUUUAGGGGGAAAUGGUUUGUUGAUAUCCUUCCCGUGUUCCUACAAAUCUUCCACUGUCAGGUGCAAGAGUUCUAUAAAAGGAAAGGGAGCUGAAAUAUGAAAAGAAAAAUAUCCCCAUAGGUAGUGAAAUGUCAAGGGAAAAUAUCACGAGGAUUUCAGAGGAGACUCUGCAAAAUCAAGCCAAUGAAAUACUUAUGAAUGAAAUCACAUCACUGUACCAUUUACAUAGGUAGCCUCACCACUAUGUAUCUCGUAUCUAGGUGUCUACAAGGCCUAAACCACUACAUCCGUACUAUGCCAUUUACUGAAAACUUAAUUUUGGCCUUUACAUAGCCAGAAAAAUGAACUUGAGUUUUCAAGUUAAAAACAAAAAAACAAACCUCAAAUGAGAGGAGUCAGAAGUGACCAUGGGAGGAAAUGUUUACAUUUUUUUUUGUCUUCAGAAGUAACAUUUUUCAGGCAGUCUUCUCUGAUAUUUAAAUAGAGAGCUCCGGUGCACUCUGGUUUGUCCUUGUGCUAUAAAAACAUACAGAUGUGUAAACGCAGGGUGCCCACCUGGUUGUGAGGUCAUCAUUUCACCCGACACAUCUUGUUCCCAGUUUGGAAGGUGGGGGCUCCUGCAGGAGGCCCAGGUCACGGCUGACUCCGACUUCCAGUACAAUAGCCAUCACUAGCACGGUGUUUUUUUGUUUAACCAAUGUAGUUGUAUCAGUAGUUCUGUGGGGAGAACUACUUUUAACCUUAGGGACUGGGGGCAGUCCAUGGGCUAAAAAGGGGAGUGUUUUCUCACGAGAAAACAUGUCAGGAAAAAUAAAGAACACUUUCUACCUCUGUUUCAGAUUUUUGAAACGCUUAUUUUAAACCAAAUUUUCAUUUCUGUGUCCAAAAUAAGUUUCAAGGACAUCUGUUCUUCCAUACGAAAUAGGUUAGGCUGCCUAUUUCUUACCGAGCUCACGGAAAGGCUCUGCUUAGGGUACUCUGCACGCUGCCUUUUAGUGAGCGAGAGUUUGGGGUUGCUUAGCAACUUGCUGACUUGUAAAACUCAGCUUUCCCUCACAGAAAGAGAUGCAGGAAAACAAAGUCAAGUUGGUGAAAGACAAUCUUGAUAGUCGCAAGAGUAAAUCUACAUGUGGCUUUUGUCAAGCACUUAGAUGGGUACAAAUGCAGCAACUUGUUUUAAGAAAUGCACAAUUUACUUCCCAAAAAAGUUGGUAAUUGCCUUUUCAAGUUGUUGACAGACAUAUUUGAUAUCCUCUUAGGUGUUACAGUAACGUAACAUAAAAUCAAAGCUUUUUACUCUUUGUGAUAAAUCCUGUUUUACAGUGUCACAAAACAGGAACCAGCAUUCGAAUUAGAUUUACUACGUCAAGGUAUGAUUCAAAUAGUACUACUAGAGUUCGCUGAACACUAAAACUAUGAAACAAUUACUUUUUAUAUUAAAAAGACCAUGGAUUUAACUUAUGAAAAUCCAGAUGCAGGAUAGUAAUUUUUGUUUACUUUUUUAACCAAACUGAAUUUUUUGAAAGACUAUUGCAGGUGUUUAAAAAGAAAGAAAAGCUGUUUUAUCUAAUACUGUAAGUAGUUGUCAUAUUCUGGAAAAUUUAAUAGUUUUAGAGUUAAGAUAUCUCCUCUCCUUGUUAGGGAAGAAGAAAGCCCUUCACCAUUGUGGAAUGAUACCCCGGCUUUAAGCUCACAUCAUGCUUCUUUUGAAAAUUAUAUUUGGUAGCUCUAAUCACAGAAACCAAUUAGUUUGUCAGUUUGCGGUUAGAGGUAGCAUAGCACUCAUCACUCGGUAGAUCGGGAGGUCCUUUUGCAGCGGAUGAACGGUCUGUAACACUGUAAGACACUGAUCUUUACAACGGUUGAAUCAGUUUUAUUUUUGUACAGUAUUAGUGACCUAAGUUAUUUUGCUGUCCUGUUUUUGUAAAUCAAAUUAUAAAAGAGGAUUCUGACAGUAGGUAUUUUGUACAUAUGUAUAUAUGUUGUCCAAAUAAAAAUAAUAAAUGAUAAA